AUGCAUACGCCAUUUCCAUAACAUCUCUCUCAACUCACACAUACAGCUCCUAUAAUGCAUACACCAUUUCCAUAACCUCUCUCUCUCUCUCUCAACCAUGUCAUUUUACCAAAGAAUUUCAAAGCAAUCUCUAAAUACCUUCAUUUUCUCUCUCUUUCUAUUCUCAAUCCUCCUCCCCACUACAAACUCAAUUGAAUUCAAGAUCUCUCGCUUCGACUCCGGUGCACCAGACAUUCUCUACGAAGGUGAUGCGGCAUCUUUCAAUGAAGCCAUUGAACUCAACCGGGCCGAUUACACAUGCCGUGUAGGCCGAGCCACAUUUGCUCGGCCGGUGCGCCUUUGGGACUCUACCACCCGAAACCUCUCCGACUUCACCACCCAUUUCUCCUUCACCAUCGAUACCCUUAACUCUUCUAAAUACGGCAGUGGGUUUGCCUUCUUCCUUGCUCCUGUUGGUUUUGGAAUCCCACCUAACUCUGCAGGUGGAUUCCUGGGCCUGUUUAACACCACCACAUUCUACUCCACAUCCCAGAAUCGGAUCAUCACCGUCGAAUUUGAUUCUACUCCGAAUGGUGAGUGGGACCCACCGACCGAACAUGUUGGGAUCAACAUUAAUUCGAUCGAAUCCAUCACAUACAUGAAUUGGAAUGCUACCAGUCACAGUGGGACUGUCGCUAAUGCUUGGAUUAGUUAUAAUGCUAGUACUAAGAAGUUGAAUGUUUUCUUGAGCUACGAAAAGAAUCCUAUGUUUCGCGCGAAUUCUAAUCUUUCUUAUGAUGUCGAUUUGAGGAAGGUGUUGCCAGAGUGGGUGACGAUCGGGUUCUCAGCAGCGACAGGUGUGUAUCAAGAGCGGCAUAUUAUUCAUUCAUGGGAAUUUAGUUCGACGCUAUCAACGAAGGAUAGAAAGAGAGAUGGGAAGGCUUUAUGGGUGGGCAUGUUGGUCCUUUCUCUGGGUGCGUUGAUUAGCGGGGUGGCCACUGGAUGGAUGAUUCUGAGAAGGAAAAGGAUUAGAACAAAGGAAGGAGAUGAGGAGAUGGUGAAUUUCACAUCUAUAAAUGGUGAUUUAGAGAGAGGAGUUGGACCAAAGCGUUUUACUUACCAAGAACUGGUUUCUGCUACCAAGAACUUUUCAAAUGACGGGAAGCUUGGGCAAGGAGGAUUUGGGGCUGUCUAUCAAGGGUUCUUGAGUGAUCAAGGACUGCCAGUGGCCGUCAAGAAAAUCUCAAGAGGGUCCAAACAAGGGAAAAGGGAGUAUAUAACCGAAGUCAAGAUCAUUAGCCGGUUGCGGCACCGGAAUCUGGUGCAACUGAUCGGCUGGUGCCACGACCGGGGAGAAUUCCUGCUUGUCUAUGAGUUCAUGCCAAACAGAAGCCUUGAUUACCAUCUCUUCACCGAGAAGAGCUCUCUCACAUGGGCGAUGAGAUAUAAGAUCGCUCUCGGGCUAGGCUCGGCAUUGCUCUAUUUACAUGAAGAAUGGGAGCAGUGUGUGGUGCACCGUGAUAUCAAAUCAAGCAAUGUGAUGCUGGAUUCAAGCUUCAAUGCCAAGCUUGGGGACUUUGGGCUAGCUAGGCUCAUGGACCAUGAGCUGGGGCAGCAGACAACAGUUCCAGCUGGGACGUUGGGAUACUUAGCGCCAGAAUGUAUUAGCACGGGCAAGGCUAGCAAAGAAUCGGAUGUAUUCAGCUUCGGUGUCGUGGCGUUGGAAAUCGCUUGUGGGAGGAAAGCAUUGGAGCUCAAGGAUGGGGAAUCUAUGGUGAGGUUGGUGGAGUGGGUUUGGGAGCUUUACGGGGAUCAGAGGCUUGUCGAUGCCGCCGAUGAGAGAUUAAGCAUGCACUACGACACCAAACAGAUGGAGUGUUUGAUGAUUGUUGGGCUGUGGUGUGCUCAUCCGGACCCUGGUUUAAGGCCUUCCAUUAAGCAAGUCAUGAAAGUUCUUGAUUUUGAAGCUGAAUUGCCAAAUCUUCCUAACAAGCUCCCCGUCGCCAUGUACCAUGCACCCUCACUGCCGCUUCCUCCACCGGCUUCUUCUUCCCAAUCUUCCAUAUCAUGUAGUGUUCUAUCGACUGGGCGAUAGCAUAAUGUAGGUAAAACAAUGGGGUAGAAUUGGAUUAGUAUUUUUUGAAGAGGAAUGAUUACCUACAGUCAUCUGCAUGUUUUCUCCUGCCAAUGCGUUACAUGUACGGGAUGGCCAGCUGUGGGCCAUGAGAACCGUCUCGAAUAUCAACUGGUGCAAAAAUCAGGCUUGUCCACUCAUUAUCUGGGCCACACCAUUGAAAUCGAUGGGAAGGGGACAUUCUUACCUAAGGUACGGUUGUGGCCCAAUGGAUCAGUGGAUCGGCCUGAUUUCUGUGCUAGGUGAUCUUCAUGACAGUUUCCACAUUUUGCAUGGCUAGGAUGAACGGUACAUGUGAGACGUUAGCGGAAUAGAUGGUGAAACAUGGUAUACUUAGCAUUCUAUGAUUAUAUUGAAAAUUUCUCUUAUUAAACUGCA